GCCUGUGCCGGCUCAGGGCAGCCCGGCCCCCGGCACUUGAAGGAGCGCAGAAGCUAAUUUUGUAGCGAGGGGCUCCAUCUGGCCCAGCCAUGGACCGGAAGGUGGCCCGAGAAUUCCGGCACAAGGUGGAUUUUCUGAUUGAAAAUGAUGCAGAAAAGGACUAUCUCUAUGAUGUGUUGCGGAUGUACCACCAGACCAUGGACGUGGCCGUGCUUGUGGGAGACCUGAAGCUGGUCAUCAACGAGCCCAGCCGCCUGCCCCUGUUUGACGCCAUCAGGCCUCUGAUCCCACUGAAGCACCAGGUGGAGUACGACCAGCUGACCCCCCGGCGCUCCAGGAAGCUGAAGGAGGUGCGUCUGGACCGGCUGCAUCCCGAAGGCCUCGGCCUCAGCGUACGUGGCGGCCUGGAGUUCGGCUGUGGGCUCUUCAUCUCCCACCUCAUCAAAGGCGGCCAGGCAGACAGUGUCGGGCUCCAGGUAGGGGACGAGAUCGUCCGGAUCAAUGGGUAUUCCAUCUCCUCCUGCACCCACGAGGAGGUCAUCAACCUCAUCCGCACCAAGAAGACUGUGUCCAUCAAAGUGAGGCACAUCGGCCUGAUCCCUGUGAAGAGCUCUCCUGAUGAGCCCCUCAAGUGGCAGUACGUGGAUCAGUUUGUGUCAGAAUCCGGGGGCGGGCGGAGCAGCCUGGGCUUCCCUGGCAGUCGGGAAAACAAAGAGAAGAAGGUCUUCAUCAGCCUGGUGGGCUCCCGGGGCCUUGGCUGCAGCAUUUCCAGCGGCCCUACCCAGAAACCCGGCAUCUUCAUCAGCCACGUGAAGCCUGGCUCCCUGUCUGCCGAAGUGGGGCUGGAGACAGGGGAUCAGAUUGUCGAAGUCAAUGGCAUCGACUUCUCCAACCUGGACCACAAGGAGGCCGUGAAUGUGCUGAAGAGUAGCCGCAGCCUGACCAUCUCCAUCAUAGCUGGAGCUGGACGGGAGCUGUUCAUGACAGACCGGGAGCGGCUGGCAGAGAUACGGCAGCGCGAGCUGCAGCGGCAGGAGCUUCUGAUGCAGAAGCGGCUGGCGAUGGAAUCCAACAAGAUCCUCCAGGAGCAGCAGGAGAUGGAGCGGCAAAGGAAAAAGGAAAUUGCCCAGAAGGCAGCAGAGGAAAAUGAGAGAUACCGGAAGGAGAUGGAACAGAUCGUGGAGGAGGAAGAGAAGUUUAAGAAGCAAUGGGAAGAAGACUGGGGCUCAAAGGAACAGCUGCUCUCAUCUAAAACCAUCACUGCCGAGGUGCACCCAGUACCCCUUCGCAAGCCAAAGUCCUUUGGAUGGUUUUAUCGUUACGAUGGCAAAUUCCCAACCAUCCGGAAGAAAGGAAAGGAUAAGAAGAAAGCCAAGUAUGACAGCCUACAGGAGUUGAGAAAGAAUAAGAAGGAACUAGAGUUUGAGCAAAAGCUUUACAAAGAGAAAGAGGAAAUGCUGGAGAAGGAAAAGCAACUGAAGAUCAACCGGCUGGCCCAGGAGGUAUCCGAGACAGAGCGGGAAGACCUUGAAGAAUCGGAAAAGAUUCAGUAUUGGGUGGAAAGGCUCUGUCAGACGCGCCUUGAGCAGAUUUCCUCUGCUGAUAAUGAGAUUUCAGAGAUGACCACAGGGCCCCCGCCUCCCCCGCCUUCUGUGUCUCCCCUGGCCCCACCCCUGAGACGCUUCGCAGGUGGGCUGCACCUCCACACCACUGACCUGGAUGACAUCCCCUUGGACAUGUUCUACUAUCCCCCCAAGACUGCCUCUGCCUUGCCUGUGAUGCCCCACCCUCCACCCUCCAACCCACCCACCAAGAUCCCCGCACCCCCUGUCCUUCCCUCAUCGGGCCGUGUGAGUGCCUCAUCCUCACCCUGGGUGCAACGCACUCCACCCCCUAUUCCCAUCCCUCCCCCACCAUCCAUUCCCACCCAAGACCUCACUCCUACUCGCCCGCUGCCCUCCGCACUAGAGGAGGCGCUGGGCAACCACCCCUUCCGCGCUGGGGACACAGGCAAUCCAACAGAAGACUGGGAGGCAAAGAACCACAGUGGGAAGCCUGCCAACUCUCCUGUCCCUGAACGGAGCUUCCCACCCACCCCAAAGACAUUUUGCCCAAGCCCACAACCUCCACGAGGCCCUGGCGUGUCCACUAUCUCCAAACCUGUCAUGGUCCACCAGGAGUCCAACUUCAUCUACAGGCCACCUGUGAAAUCCGAGGUCCUGCCACAGGAGAUGUUGAAGAGGAUGGUGGUUUAUCAGACAGCGUUUCGACAAGACUUCCGGAAAUACGAGGAAGGCUUUGAUCCCUACUCCAUGUUCACCCCAGAGCAGAUCAUAGGGAAGGAUAUCCGGCUCCUGCGCAUUAAGAAGGAGGGAGCUUUAGACUUAGCCCUGGAAGGUGGCGUGGACUCUCCGAUUGGGAAGGUGGUUGUCUCGGCUGUUUACGAAGGGGGAGCCGCUGAGCGGCACGGUGGCGUUGUGAAAGGGGAUGAGGUCAUGGCCAUCAAUGGCAAGAUUGUGACGGACUACACGUUGGCUGAGGCUGAGGCCACCCUGCAGAAGGCCUGGAAUCAGGGGGGGGACUGGAUUGACCUUGUUGUUGCCGUCUGUCCCCCCAAGGAGUACGAUGAUGAGCUCUCUUCUGUUCCCUCCUCUGCAGCCGAAAGCCCCCAGCCGGUCCGAAAGCUCCUUGAAGACCGUACUCCCAUGCUUAGGCAUGGGUUCCUCCUACAGCUGGAGCCCGGCAGCCCCCACGGUGAAUAGGCAGGCAGACUGCAGGACCCCAUUGGUCUAUGCUGCAUGUUGUGGCCGUCUGCUGCCCACACCCUCAGCAGGUUCUUUGGACUGACGUCCCGCUCAGGGAUGCCGAGCACAGCCCACUAUGUAGCAUGUUUGGGACCUGGGUGUCCUGACUCACCACAGCCCUUGGGACCUGCCAUGGGUCCCACACAGCACUCCAGUGAGCGGGGUGAAACAGUGAGUGCCAUUCUCUGCUGAGCGCAGGCAGUGCCUCAAACCGGGCACGACAAGCUGGGAGAGCCCAAAGGAAGCAGAGCCUGGAUUUCCGCUUCCCUGCAAGCACCACCCUGUGGGCCCUCCACCGGGCCCCCAAGCUUGGGCAGAGCCAGGGCAAUUAAGAGGCCAUUAAAGCUGGUCCAAAGAACAAGGGUUGGCCUGUCAGAGUUGUCCAUGUCCUGCUGUGACCUAUCGUGGCCUGAGCCCUGCUCAGACCAAACUGUCCUCUGUGCCUUCUCUCUCCUUUGACUCUGGAUUCUAACUGGGACACUGUGGAGCUGAGCUUUGGGAUGUGUUUCCCAGCCUGUGACUGGCCUGUGCCCAUGGACAAAGCUGGCAGGAGGCUGUGAAGCUGGUGUUUGGUGUGACCUAAAGCCCUUAGCUGAUAGCAUCUGGGGCAGACCAAAGCCUGGUCUUGUUGACUUUUCUGUUACAAGUUUCUCAGAACAUGAGGGCCUUGUGCUCCCAGGACUGUUGGCCUGCUAUGCCGCGGCUCCUGGGAUGGCCUCAGUGGCCCUGUGUUUUCUAUCACUUGUUGUCUGCUCUUUGGGAGGGACCUCAAUCUCUCAACUUUUGGUCCCCUCCUACCUCAUCCCAGAUGUCCCUUUUGCUCCCUCCCUGGCCUCCUGUGUGCCGUGGCUAUGGCUGGGGUGUGGCUGCUUGGGGUCUGCGCCAAGAGAUGUGUCCAGGGGUCGGCAGGGCCUAGAGCUGCUGGGGUGGAGGCUGCUCUCUGUUGUCGGCCUUGCCCUGGGCUGAGUGCGCACCUGCAAGGCCUGCACCUGCCUGGCU